AUGUAUUAUUCGGUGAUUUUAAAGUACAAAAAUCUGGGCAUUGUACACUUCAUGGAGAGGCAUUUGUGUGACGACAGCGAUGUUUGUACUGCGCAGAUUAUCAACUGUUUCACUGGAUUGCGGAAAAACUACUAUCCCUCGACCGUUCUUAUUUAUAUGUCAAAUAUGUCCCCUGAAUCCUCUACUGGAACUGCACUGACAGCAAUGGGAGUGCGAGUGAUGCCUCCCAGUUCUGUGAUGCGAUCAUUUGGUCUGGAUUCUCCAAGACAUUGUCCUUAUCCAUUUUUUGCAGAUAUGUCCCCUGAAUCCUCUACUGGAACUGCACUGACAGCAAUGGGAGUGCGAGUGAUGCCUCCCAGUUCUGUGAUGCGAUCAUUUGGUCUGGAUUCUCCAAGACAGUCUUUUCAAUCC